UUUUGUGAGGGCGUUUUGAAAGAAUGUUUUAAAACUAAAUUAGAACGAGGAACGUGGAAACUUAAUAUGCAGUUUAUGAGCGUUAUGAGACCCUGUCUAUGUUGCAAAUUAAUGAAUUGAUACUGACAGUUAUUGGUAACAAUAUCUCACUGAUCAAGCCUGUAACUUUCGACUAGAUACAGCAACAAACUGGGGAAAAGCAAUUGAACAUAAAAGUGCUCCUACACUCAACCAGGAGUACUUUGCUCCAACAAAGCAAGAAACCCGUGUUCCUACUCUUUUUUUAUUGAUGUAUGUUCCCCCAGUACACACAACUAACCCGUUAGCCUAUUGAAACAUGUUUUCACAACGAACGACACACUCUCCUUCUCAUUCAUCUUCAUCGUUUCCGGCAAACACCUUUCAUCCUCUCGAGCUAUGUUCUCAUUAUUCUCUUUUUCCUUUUUGAUGCUUCCACACCAACGACAUUGAAGACGAAUACGGAAAACAACGAGGAAAUUCUCAACACAACUGAUACUCUGCAUUGUUUUGGUUUUCUACCGGUUAAAAUUGGUUCUUUUAGACUAUCUUCUCCUUUUAUAAGGCUUUAAAGCUAUUUUUCUUUACCUUCGACAAAACGUAAUGCUAUCAAUUGUGAAAGAAAAAACGUUGUCUGCAUUGAGUUUCGUGGGAAACACUUCUCUUUUUGCGACUAUUCCAACGCUCUCUCUGAAGAACUUUGCCGAGAGUUUCCGUCUUGCUUGGACAGGGUACUCUGUCCAACAGCAGUUUCAAGCCCAAAACUUACGCUUCUUUGAGCAAAUGCUGAGUGAUGCUGAUGCUAGUACGGCCGUCAUGUUAGAAACGCAGUGUCAGCAAUUGCUUGAAGGUUUCUCAACAGAGGAUGCUAUCCAACGUUUGCGUCAAAAUAAAUUGCAGAAAGGUUCAGCUGAGGAUAAAAUUGAACUUUGGAAUGAACUGAAGGUUACGUGUCUUGCGCGGGUCCUCUGUCAGUUUGGAAUACUGGUUCGGACAUUCUUGAUUAAUACCAUUGCCUUCAGCAUUCUUGCUAGAAAAAAGCAGCAACUAACGUUGCUGGAGAUGGAAAGCCAGAAGCCGCUUGCUCCAUUUGGUGUCGAUGAAUCAACUAGCAAUUCGUCCUUCCAUGAUGAAAAUGAAAAACUCUUCAUCGGCUACUUGCUUACCGUGCUGGAUGAGACUUUUCCUGGAGACAUGCAACACGCGAUAGAAUGUGUAAAGACUUCCUUCGAGUCCACUCACCCGACAGACAUCGUUACCAAACAACACAUAGCCUCUCUUCUACAAACGGCAUUCCAGAACUGGAUUGAGGCUACUAGACUUUCUUUUCACGAGUUGCGCAAGCUCUUUUUUGCAGAUGUACAAGCGGAUGUUGUACUCACAGGAUCAUUAGUAGCAUGCAUGGAUGAGUUUGAAGAUGUUUGGGAACUUGCCGAAUUAGAAGUUUGCAUGAGUCACUGUUUCAACCAACUCAUUCCAAUUUUCCUCGAACAAUUGAGCAUUCCUAAAGAGGGCCAGCGUCUCGCCAAAACACUUGCAGCCACCACAAAGGUUUUUCGUGAUUUUGAUGAAACGAGCGUGAAGGAAUUUGUGCAGCGUCUCGCAUGCAUGUCUGAGCGGGCAAAACUCGCCGCUGUCCUGUAUACAAAUUAUGACGAUGAUGAAGACAGUGUACUAUAAGCUUAAAAAAGUGAUUACAUAAAAUGAAAGGAAGGGAGAAAAUAAGAAAAGCCUAACUGUUGAAAAUUCUACUGUACAGCAGACUGUGACGACCUUGCCACAAGUCCAAAGGAGCCCAUGUUUGAGCAGUGUCCUCAAGCUCUAGUUCAAGCGACUGCUGUACAGCAGUUUUGAGAAGCGCUUGUGUUUGUGCAUGCAUAAGAGCUGUGACGAACUGGAACGAGCUCAGCACAUCCAUCCGCACGGCAGCCGAACAAAUCGACUUGACGUGUCCCAGCAAAAACAGGUAACAGCAUCGUUCGAGAGACAAUCCAAGUGCUCGACACGUCACCCCCCAGACCACAGGGAAGUGACCCUGCACCUUUCCUUCAUGACACAUUUCCACAUACUCGGAGAGUACUUUGGCGACUUCCGUAUCCUUAUGCAUGAAAGCCAGAGAUUUCGUCCAAAUGCCCAGUAACGCUUUUCCCUGGGUGACGGAAGUGCGUUGGCUAAUUACACACGUUUGUGUGCUUUCGAAAAAAUCAUCAAUUUCCUCAUAAGAUGUCGGACUCGUCCAACCAGCUUUUACUGAAGGCAUGUUUGUGUGAACAAGGGAAGCUAAGGACUGGCAUAAAAACGUGAAGACGGCUUCCCUGUUCCGUUUUGGCUGGUGGGAUAGAUACGAUUCCAAACCAUAGGAGAAAGAAAACGACGACAACGGGAAUGCUGCGUCCGUUAAAAUGAAAGACAUGUGUUCUUCCGAAUUAAUGGGCAUGCUGCAAAAAACUCUAAAACUUCUAAAACAGGAACAAACGAAUAAAGAACUGUACGAACACUCGUAUCGAGAGAAUAAUGCAGGUAUUAGUGGUUUUUUCCGCGGGUUUCCUCUAUUUCUCUGCGUUAAACAACAGAAACCACACAAGCACCUUCUAAUUUCACGAAUCGAUCUUCUAUAUCACAACUUGUCUCUUACAAACGUUUCUCACCUCCACCAACUUGGAAGCCCAGACUUCUCAAUUUGGCCUGUUCACCGUUGGUCGGUUUCUUGGUGGUGUAUUUUUGGUGGUGAGUUUUCUCCGUGCGGGGUAUGCGGGCUUACUCAAAUUCGGUGAUACUCUCGGUCUGGCGAUGUGGGGAAAAUGUGGAGAAGAUGACAUCAAGUCAUAAUUUGAGGCUAGUGCCACCGGAUGACAAGUGAACAGAAUUGAAUUGUGACAUCUGACAUCGUGUUAUGGCGCAUUGAUCAGCACCUGCAUGGCCUACUGAAUAAAAGCGACAUCUUUUCCGAUAUAACUGUUAUCCAAAUAUCCACGCUUUCAUCUUCCCUUCGGAGCGGUUGCCCGAUACAACCCGCAUGUUCAUUCCCUCACGGACGGACAUGCUCAUCUCUGUGUCUCUGAAUACGUCUUCGAGUGUAACCAUGAUGACAGAAUGAAGGAACGUUACGUGGCGUUUCCCACUCGACACUUUUAAGGAAUUCCAUACGAGUUUGGUGACGUAUCUAUGGCUCUAAUGGUAUAUAUAUAAAAGUGAAAAUCUGACUGUAACCCAACAUAUUGUACACUACCCAUUACGCAAUUCAUUCCAUCAUUCUUAUUGGAUCAGUGAGU